AUUGCCCAUCCUAGCUUUUCUUCCUCCUUUCUUUCUUCCCGUCGAUAAAGUCAACACUUCCCCUGUAGUUUUCUCUCACUUACUCAUCACCUCCCAAACACCCGAAGACCCUAACUUUCCCCAUCCCCGAAUCCCACGAGCACCAGUUGCUGACAAUGCGCGGCCCAAUUCCUGUUCUCAGUGAGAGAUUUCGCCUGUGGGAAGCGCGGAAUCAAAGCUGAAACCCGGAGAGGAGAGAGGCAUUUCUUCUAUCGGGGCAGAAUCGGAUAAUGUCGGGCCCGCCGAGAUUUUGGUCGUUGAACACCCCCGAGCCGGAGAACAAGGCCCCGAAAAACCCGGCGAAGAAGCCCGGAAAGCAAGAGUCGGAGGCCAAUAAGGAGAGGAAAUCGGGGAAAGUGGCGGCGGUUCUGCGGCAGAAAUCGAUGAACGCGUCUUGCUCGUCUGAAGCUUCUUCGGAUUCGGCGAGCAGCAGCAGUGGGGCGUCGUCAUCCUCGUCGGCUUCGGUGUGGUCCGACUCGGGUGGAAUGCGGCGGAGCGGCGGCGUGGUGAAGAGGAGGCAAUGUGGAGUCAAAAUUGACAAGGAGGAAGAGAAAAAUGGUGGCGGUGGUGGAAUUGCAGCAUUGGAGGAGACUGACUAUGGUGGGUUAGUGGGUAAAGUCGAUUGCUUUGAUCAGAGUAAGAAGAGGUGCCCUUGGGUUACUCCUACUACUGAACAAUGCUACACAGCGUUUCAUGAUGAAGAAUGGGGAGUGCCAGUCCAUGAUGACAGGAAACUUUUUGAACUACUAUGUUUGUCUGGUGCCUUGGCAGAACUAUCAUGGCCUGCCAUUCUUAGUAAACGGCAGACAUUUAGUUACCAAGUUAUUCUUGUGUAUGUCUUGUGUGGGUGCAUGGAAGUGUUUCUAGGUUUUGACCCAGUUGCUGUGUCGAAACUGAAUGAGAGGAAGCUCAUCAUGGCAGGAAGCCCUACCAGCUCCCUACUACCAGAACAGAAGCUGCGAUCAAUCCUUGAAAAUGCAGGCCAAAUUUGCAAGGUUAUAGAAGAGUUGGGGUCAUUCGACAAGUACAUCUGGAAUUUUGUGAACCAGAAGCCCUUAGUGAACCAAUUCCGGUACACCCGCCAGGUUCCAGUGAAGACUUCAAAAGCAGAGGCGAUGAGCAAAGAUCUUGUGAGAAGGGGAUUCCGUAGUGUGGGGCCGUGGUUAUAUACUCUUUCAUGCAGGUAUCGGGUCUAACGAACGACCAUCUUGUCAGUUGCUUCCGAUACCAUGAAUGUAUAUGACGGGAGCUGAAGCAAAAGGCAACAACUGCAAAAGAAUAUGAAGGCCAAGGCGGGAAAGGAAGGAGUUGAUUAGCCAUUCAUUGGGUUUGCGGAUAGCGAGAGUGCGGUGAACUGAGAGAGAUAUGGUUAUGGUGGUGGUGGUGCCCUGACGGGGAGUGUAUGUAUUCCUUCUGUAAAAAAUGGUUUAUUCACCAGCUGCAGAAUAGAAUCUGGGUGAAUGCUUUGUCUGUGUAUAUAUGAUGGUUGUAUUAGUUUACGCAAGUUGUGUAUGUUCUUGAUAAUGUCAAUUUUGGCCCUUCAACUUUGAUACUUGUGACUUGUGAUUUAUGAUUUUACCAAAACUUGCUGUAAUGCUGGUGCUGGAAGCUUGGGGGAG